UUAGUAUAUGUGGACUUAACAUUAACUUAUUAUUACGUUUUAGCAAAACGGGCUGAAUGUUAAUAGUUGGUGGAUAAGACAUAGGUCGUUUAAUUAUGUGGAUUCCAUGACGGGCCCUUGUCGUUUCAUGCAAUAGGUGUGGUCUGGCAAUAGUGUAGGCCUGUUGUAGACUUGUGAGCCUGUAAUGGGGAGGCCCACUAGGUUAAAGCUUUUAAGCCUAUAAAUAUGAGGGUAGGUCCCCUCUCCUAGCUUACCUAAAAAACGUAUUCCCAUUAAAAGUGCCAGCCGUUGUAAGCUUAAGGAGAGGAAGACUCAGCCUAGUUCGUCUUCAAUUUCGCAUUGCUAUGGCGGACAAAGUUACCAUUUCUUUGAAUAAUAAUAAUGCUGAAGUUGUGGUCCUGUCGGGUUCUAACUUUAAGAGAUGGAAGGAAGAUCUUGAAUUUGCUUUAGGCAUGGCUGAUAUAGAUCAAGCUUUGCGUGAAAAUGAACCACCAGCUCUUACUGAAUCUAGCACUGCUGCUCAAAAAGAACAUUAUGCUAGGUGGGUGAGAUCUAAUAGGCUAUGCAUCCUUGCCUUUAGGAGGUCAAUUGUUGAGCACCUCAAGAGUGGCUUGCCUGAAACUACCAAUGCUAAGAAAUUUCUUGCCCAAGUUGAAGAAAGGUACCUUGUAUCCAAUAAAGGGUCAGGGAGCGGGAGAUCUAAUGAGUAA